UUCAUUCCGCGGAGAAGAAUUCCUUAAUUUAGAGCCUAUAGUGCCAAAUAGGGCUUCAAGGGAUGAGUUUUUUCCUUCUCGUUUAAAAAAAUCUCCAACCUUUAGAAGCGGCGAUUGAAAUCCCCGGUGUUCUCCCGUGGUGUCCUGUGAAGUUUUCCAGAAGCUCAAGUGUUGAGUCGGGGAGCUUCUUCCCUCUUGACCCCGCCACCAACAUCCGUUAUUCAUGACUCGUGUGUUGACGAGUGCACGCAGCCCAGCCCCCCUUGCCGUCGUUCCCUGUUCUGGUCGGAACAACACGCUCGGCUCGUGACACACUCUCGUGGUGACGUCACCUCCGGCCCCUGACGUCAGACAAGAUGGCGGCCGUCCCCUCCACAGCUCGCCGGGUCAGGCGAUGACGUAUGGGAUAUCUCCCCCACGUCUCCAGACAGCUAGAUCGUGAUUGGACCAGAUUGUCUGCUGGCUUGUUGGUCUGGACUAUCUUCCAAACCAUUCCUUGGAUUAUUUCCUAGAUUAUUCCACGGAUUAUCCCCCCGACUGCCCCCUGGAUUAUCCCCGUCACCCUCUCAUCCCCUCCGCCUGUGCUAUGGAGUAGUUUGUCUCAUCGUCUGCAAUGUUUCCCGCCGCCUGAGCCCGGCCCAGGGUUCCUGCCAUCACCUCAACCGUCACUAGAUAUUGGAUUACCGUCAGCACACAUUGGAUUACCGUCACCAUCCACUGGAUUAUCUUCACCAGCCACUGGAUUACCGUCACUAGACACUGGAUCACCGCCAGGAUUACCUAGCCCCUGGAUUACGCCUUGGAUCAUCCUUUCCGUGUCGCUGACCUCGGCCCGCCCUCGUGCGGGGUCACCGGGGGCAGGUGAGCUGCCCGGGCCAGGGAAGUCCCCCCGCCCGCCGCCCCCGUCGGCCCGGUGCAGGCUGGCAAGUGUCCGGCCCCCAUGGCUUGCCACCCCCAUCAUGCUCAUCUGGUGGCUCCUGUCACCCCUCCUACACCUGGCCGUGGUCUCUUCCUGUGUCACCGGCGUCCCUAGCAACCGCUCCAUGGACUGCAGCAAAGAGG